AUGUCAGAUAGCGAAUCAAACGCAUCAAGUGAUGAUUCAAGGUCACAAGGAGAUAAUGGCAGUGAUUAACAAUAAAGAGAAAUAGAAGAUCAAAAUAAUUUAAAUUAAUCUGAUGAGAAUGAAGAUCAAGGUGAAUAAUAUGAAGAGGAGAAAUCAGAUGAAAUGGGAGAGUAUGAUGAAGGAGAAAAUUCUUAGAAAGAUGGAAAUAACUUAAUGGGAGAUGAUAAUGAAUAUAAUGAAGAUAAAAUUGGGGAUGAUAAUAUGACCCGCUAUCAAGAACUUGAAGCAAAUAUUCUAUAAAUGUAUGCCGAAACUGGAUAAAAAUGGCAAGAUCCAGAUUUUCCUCCAGAUAAUUCAUCUCUUUUCAAGGAUGUAAAUAAUAUACCUGAAUGGGGAAAAGACGUUCGUAAAAUUACUUGGCUGCGUCCACACGAAAUUUCUAAAGAAGCAAAGUUUAUUCAAGAUAAAGAUGGAGAUGCAAAGUAGGGUGCAUUUGGUGAAAGUUGGUUUAUUGGAGCAAUUAUUAUUAUAAGCACUCACGGAGAUUUACUAGAAAAGCUCUUUGUUGAAACAUCUCAUUUUGACUCUGCAGGCUUUGUCACAUUUUAAUUCUUCAAGAAUGGUGAGUGGAAAUAAGUCAUUGUUGAUACUCUACUUCCUUAUGAUCCUGAAUCAAAAUAAAUUCUCUUCACUUACUGUGCUUCUCCCUCUGAAUUUUGGAUUCCUUUGAUGGAGAAAGCCUAUUCUAAACUUCAUGGAUGCUACGAAAAGAUAUGUGAAGGAUCUAUCUUAGAAGGUCUUGUUGAUCUAACUGGAGGUGUUUCAGAAGGAUGGACAUUAAACGAUCCUGACACAUCGAAAUUAAUUGAAUCAAAUUAAUUUUGGUAAACACUAACAAACUAUUUCCACUAAAAAUUUUACCUUGGAUGUGUUAACUAUGUUGAAGGCAAAGGAACAAAAAAUGCAGAUACUGGUACUCAUGGUAUAUUAGAAAAUCAUCAUUAUGGUAUUUGCGAUAUCAGAGAAUUUCCUAGAGAAAAUUUAAAAUUGAUCAGAAUAAGAAACCCUUGGGGUACAGAUGGUGGCUGGAACGGUCCUUUCUGUGAUGAUUCUGAAGAAUGGGAUAAAUAUAGGGAGCUAAGAGAUAAAUUAAAGCUUGUCUUUAAGUCCAAAAAAUCAGAUGGAACAUGGUGGAUGAGUUUUCACGAUUGGUAUCUUCACUUCAAUAAGCUCUAUGUUUGCAAGGUUUUCCCUGAAAAUUGGGAAGUCUAUUCCAUAGAAUCAAAGUGGUAAGGAAAAACUUAGGGUGGUAUCUGUCCUCCUAGAAUGGAAUAUGAAGGAUAAGAACCUAUGCCUGAGUUCCUUUAGUUAGAUACAGAUGAAAAGUGGUUUAACAAUCCUUAGUUCAGAUUAAAAGUUUAAAAAGAGACAAAGUUAUAUAUUAGUUUGAUGUUAGAGGAUGAAAAACUGAGCAAACAUUCAUAUGUUUAAUGUAAUUUUAUCGUUAUAGCAAAUAAGGAUAGAAACAAUAGAGUUUGGGAAAGACCUUAGGAUAAUGAUAUCAUAAUUGAAGCUAAUCCAAACGGAGUUUUACCUGCUUAAAGAGAAAUCACCUAGUACGUAUCACUUAAAAGAUUUGAAGGAAAAAAUUAUGGAAAUUACAUAAUUGUCCCUAAUAUGAUUACAGAUAGUAAAAAAGAUGAAAAAAGAACAUUUUAUUUAAGAAUAUUUGCAUCUGAUGCUGUUUCGGUCAAUGAAAUGCCUGAAACACUUGAAGUUUCUAUGGAUGGAUAGUGGGGAGAUUUUAAUUCAGGAGGAAAAAGAAAAAUUGAAAAUAAAAGUAAUGCAAAUUGGUGUAGAAAUCCUUAAUACUUUUUAAAUUUAGUUUAGCCAACUAACCUCAAGAUAAUUUUAAAGAAAGUUGGCCAAAUCAGAAGGACAAGAGGUUUGAAAAUCGGUAUGACUAUUUGUAGAUUUGAAGUUGCUGAAAAGCAAAAUACCUAAGGAAAGGGUAAAAAAGAAAUCCAAACUUAGUCUAAAGGAAAAUAAGCUGGUUCAAAUUUAGCCCGUUUGUUAACUUAAACAUAGCAACAAUUAGAGCCACCAAUUAUGGAAAACAUAGAAAGAAAGCUUUUUAUAGGUUAUGCUGAAAAAUUUAAAGAGUCUACAUACAUUAGUGACGAAGUCUGUGCUUUAUAUUUUAAAUGGAAUCCUACUGAAGGUCCUUUUAUAAUAAUUCCAUCGAUGGAUCAAGAGGACAAAAACGCUAAUUAUAAGCUUACUAUUUACUCAAAUAAUCCUGUAUAACUUUAAAGAUUGGAUGAAAAUAAAAAUUGUGUAUUGAUUGGUAAAUGGGAGCAAGAUAUAUCAGAUGGAGGCUGCCAUUUAUAUGAUGAUCCAUUUGAAAAAGAUAUGACAAAAAAAACUUGGACAUAAAAUCCUAAAUUUUUGCUUAACUUUAAAGAAAAUAAACCCACAUCGUUUAAAGUAACAUUAGCUAUUGCUGAGAAAAAUUGGAAAGCCAAGACAAAGAAUACAGUAGGUGGUAUGAUUGGUAUUUAUCUUUUAGAAAAAAGAGAAGGAAAAAUUUCUAUUGAAUAGAGAAUAGGUAAUAUAAACUUUUUGCCUGUUUAGGUUUUAGAAGAAACUUAUCACCUAUCUGAAAUAAGUAAAAAUGGCUACUAUAUUAUGCCUAGCACAUAUUAGUCUAAAAUAUCUGGUUAAUUCAUACUUUCUGUUACUUCAGAUAGUGAAUUUACAUUGCAAGCAUUAAAAUGA